GGGGCGGGGAUGGGGCGGGCGGGGCCCGGCGGGGUCACCUCCCUGGGUCGCCCCGGGGGCGGGGGGGGGGGUCCCCGGCCUCGCCUCUCGCCGGUCGUGCCCCGGCGGGGCUCAGCUGGGGAGCGCGGCCCGGCGCCGGGGUGUCUCCUGCCGGCGGGCGCUGCCCGGGGCCGCCUUCCCUCCGCCCGCCCGGGGCCUGGCCGAGCGCUCCGGCGGGGCCGCCUGCCCUCCCCCGCGCCCGUGAGCUCGGUGACGGGGAAAAGGAGUUUUCUCCCGGGGCUGGGAAAGCCAGCGCCCUCCCCGCGCCGCCAUCCUCUGCCAGCGCUCGUCUUUCCCAUGCCCGGGGCCUAAAACCAGCCGCCCGACGCGUCCGAAGUCCUGUCCCCGGUUUGGGGGAACCCGCACCCCCUUCCCGCCCGCGGGCUGCGCGUUGGUGGUUGGUGUUUGCGCAGAGCCGUGCGGGGUGGGAGCCCUGAGCUUCGCCGAGCGCUGGCGCCGGCUUAGCCGUAGCACGGCACGGCUCGCUUCGUAAAACGGAGCGGCCGGAGGAAGAGAACUUCCUAAAGCCUCGUGAGGUUCAAAUUGUGUCCCACCUGCGACGUGUCACCGUUGCCCAGAAGAGAACGUUGAUGUCCGUCCCGAGUCUUUCCUUCCUCAGAAGGUGCCACCUCACACUAAACUGUCUUUCUGGCCUCCAAGGCAGAACGGUCCCACCCGGACAUCGCAGGCCUGGCGCUUCCACCUUGUUCUUUCCUGGUAGUUAUCCCUAGUCCUGCUGUUCCCCCAUCUCCUGUUUUGCAGGAAAGAUUCCAUCCAAGUUAUCUGGAGUUUUGUCUCGCUGUACUGGUCAAGCUUAUUCAUCACCGUCUGCUUCCACGGUAUCACAGAAUCCCAGACUGGCCGGGGUCGGAAGGGCCCUCUGGAGCCCAUCCCGGCCCACCCCCGGCCAGAGCAGGGUCACCCACAGCAGGUGGCACAGGAACGCGUCCAGGCGGGGUUGGGAUGUCUCCAGAGACGGAGACUCCCCCACCUCUCUGGGCAGCCUGUGCCAGGGCUCUGCCACCCUCAGGGGAAAGAAUUUUUUCCUUAGGUUCAGACAGAAUUUCCCGUGUUCCAGUUUGUGACCGUUGCCCCUUUUCCUGUCGUCCUGUACGGGUCCUUCAUCUUGCUUCUUCCCCAGCAUCCAUGUUUGGUACAUGGUAAUUCUGGGACCAAGAAAUGGCCCCAAAUCAGGGAGAGGGGCCUCAGCUGAGGUGCGUGUGAAGUCGGGAGCCGAGCGAAUGGGCUCUGCAGCCGGAAGGAAGCUGGGUACACAGAUGCUGUCAGGGCUCUCAGUGAGGCUUGGAUGCAGGAAAGAGCAGGAACCUUUUGUCUUCUUUGGCUUACGGAAACUUCCUCGGGGUGUGCAAGUUCUUCCUAAUGUAGAAAAGAUGACCUUUUAGUCUGCCAUGAACUUGGUUUGAUGUUUCCCACUUUUGUCUUUGUUUUGACAAUUCUCUUUUCUGCUCUGACACUUCUCUAUGUUGCCAUACCUCCCCCAUGCAGCUCGCUAGUCUUACUUUUACCAAAGUGCUUUUUAAUAUAGAACCUUAAAUACCGUUAGCAUGCAGCUGAAUCAUCUGUUUAAACGAGUUUUGCCUUUUUUUUCUGAUUCUCCUCCACAUGCAACAGGGGACAGGGGGUGAAUAAGUGAGCGGCGGCCUGGCCCCUUUUAGCCUUUGGUAAAAGGGUGAGGAGCGAGCGGGUCCUCGGGGGUGUGGAGCGAGUGUGGUUCUUUGUUUCUGGCUGGGGCUAAAGCAGGAGAGCGACGCUCUUUGGGGGGUCCUUUUCCCGGGGGUUUUGAGGCUGUGGGUGGAAGGGCAGGCAGCGGCUGGCAGGGAAGUGAAGUUCUGCCCCUCAUUUCUUCAUGCAAAUGUUGUGCUUGGCAGGGAGCGUCCGUCCUCGCUGCGCCUCCGGCCAAGCCUGGUGUCACGGUGCCGUGCCUUGCAGCUUCUUGCCGCAGAUGUCGGUGACGUUCGAGGACGUGGCCAUCUACUUCUGCCCCGAGGAGUGGGCCGAGCUGGCGGGCUGGCAGCGGCGGCUCUACCGGGAGGCUGGUGCGCCGUCAAGCCGGAGAUCAUCUGCAAGAUGGAGCGAGAAGAGACGCCGUGUGUGCCAGAGUGCCCUGGGGCGCGGCGGAGGCACCACAGCCCUGAGCCAGGAAAAGUGGGGGCUGAAGAAGCACCAACAAAUGCACACAGUGGCGUGGCCCUUCUCCUGCCCACAGUGUGGCCAACGGUUUCAGCUGAAGCAGAUCCUGGUGACACACCAGAAGGUGCAUGGCAGAGAGAAGCACUUCGGAUGUGCCGACUGUGGAAAGCGCUUCAGUCAUAAGCAUAAACUGCUGAUCCACCGGCGCGUACACACCGGUGAGAAGCCUUUCGCCUGCAGCCACUGCAGCCACCGCUUCAGGCAGAAGUACCACCUGGUCCGCCACCAGCGCAUCCACACCGGGGAGCGCCCCUUCACCUGCACCCGCUGCCCCAUGACCUUCAGUCACAAGCAUGCCCUCACUGACCACCAGCGGGUCCACACCGGGGAGCGCCCCUUUGCCUGCGCCCGCUGCCCCAAGGCCUUCAGGAAAAAGACGGCCCUCACCAUCCACCAGCGAGUCCACACCGGGGAGCGCCCCUUUGCCUGUGCCAGCUGCCCCAUGGCCUUCAGGCACAAGAAUGCCCUCACCGUUCACCAGCGGGUCCACACUGGGGAGCGCCCCUUUGCCUGCACCCACUGCCCCAAGGCCUUCAGGAACAAGCAGACACUCAUGGUCCACCAGCGGGUCCACACUGGGGAACGCCCCUUUGCCUGCGCUGGCUGCUCCAAGACCUUCAGGAACAAGAUGGAUCUCACCAUCCACCAGCGGGUCCACACUGGGGAGCGCCCCUUCACCUGCACCCACUGCCCAAAGGCCUUCAAGGACAAGAAGACCCUCACCGACCACCAGCGGGUCCACACUGGGGAGCGCCCCUUCGCAUGUACCCACUGUCCCAAGACCUUCAGGGACAAGAAGACCCUCACCAUCCACCAGCGGGUCCACAGCGGGGAGCGCCCCUUUGCCUGCACCCACUGCCCUAAGGCCUUCAAGGACAAGACGACCCUCACCAACCACCAGCGAGUCCACACUGGGGAGCGCCCCUUCACCUGUUCCCAGUGCUCCAAGGCCUUCAGAAACAAGACAGCCCUCACCGUCCAUGAGUUGGUCCACACUGGGGAGCGCCCCUUUGCCUGUGCCCUCUGUCCCAAGGCCUUCAGGCACAAGAAGACCCUCAGUGACCACCAGCGGGUCCACACUGGGGAGCGCCCCUUCGCCUGCCCCCACUGCCCCAAGACCUUCAAGCACAAGAAUGCUCUCACCUUCCACCAACGUGUCCACACCAGAGAGCGCCCAUUUACCUGCACCCACUGCCCUCAGACCUUCAAACACAGGAAUGCCCUCACCUUCCAGCAGGGGGACAACACUAUCGAGAAGCCUUACAAGUGCAGCGAGUGCAGCAGGAUCUGCAGUCAGAAGCAGGACCUGGAUUGCCACCAGAAGGUGCACCAGGGCCUGACUGCAUGUCCAGGGGGCAGCGAGCGGGUGGAAGGGGGUCCGUCCCCAGUGCAGGAGCGAGCAGAGUCAAAGCCCUUCUUGAUAGAGAAGCUGGUUGUAAAAGUACGUCACGUAGAUGCCCGUAUACCCAACAGUCGAGCCACUGAGGAACAUCAAAACAGCCAGCACGUGUAUCGGGCUGCUAAGAUUGAAGUGGCCCAGGUGGAUCUGAACUGGCAAAAUAAUGGAGGCAGAAGCCUAAAUGAAGGGAGCGAAAGGAGGCGAGUUCACGGUCGGGGCAGUGGGCGAACCCUCUCCUUGCCGCCCCUGUCGCCCCCGGUACCUCUGAACAACAGCUAUGAGGUACUGACCGAGGAAGGCCAGUGGAGUGAGGGUGUGGAUGACGGGCAGUCUGCACUAGAGACCUCUCCACAGUCAGAAGGGCGAGCCGGUGGCCGCCUGGUCCUUUGUUGCCGGCUGGGGCUGAGCCCCGACAGCGACCCUCUUUGGGCAGCUUUUGCUUUCCCCGGGAAACUCUCUUCCUCUCCCCCAAGGGCUUCUUGCCCUUUUGGCCCUCGGUACAAGGGUGUCCUGGUUCCGGUGGGGAUAGGGUUAACUUUUCCUGGUAUUCCAUGCCAUGUGAGCCACGCCCACCCUGAGCUGCCGGGGGAGGGGCAGGAAGUUGCUGCUUGGAGCGGAGGCGGCGUCCCGGGUCGGCCGGCGAGCGGCAGGGAGCGGCGGUUCCGUAAUCGCGUUUGUAUAUUCCCCUGUCCGUGUUGUUGUUGUUGUUGUUUGCCUGUUCCCUUUGCUGUCCUGUUAAACUGCCUUUGUCCCAACCCAAGAGUCUGCCCUUUUCUUACGAUCCUUCCUGUAUUAGGAAGGCGCCAGCGAGCGGCACGUGGUUCUUUGUUGCCAUCUGAGGCUAAACCACGACAAAGGGGAGCGUCCGUCCUCGCUGCGCCGGUGCGGCUGGUGCCGGGCGGGCAUCUGCUGCGGAACGCGGAGCAUCCCACCUGCAUCUCCCCGGAGAAGGCCUUGUGCGGGCCUCCGUCUCCCCGUGGAGAGCCAGCGGCGCGCCGGGCUCCAGGCUGCUGCGGCAAGAUGUCGGUGACGUUCGAGGACGUGGCCAUCUACUUCUGCCCCGAGGAGUGGGCCGAGCUGGCGGGCUGGCAGCGGCGGCUCUACCGGGAGGUGAUGCUGGAGAACUACCAGGCGGUGGCCUGGCUGGGCUGGUGCGCCGUCAAGCCGGAGAUCAUCUGCAAGAUGGAGCGAGAAGAGACGCCGUGUGUGCCAGAGUGCCCUGGGGCGCGGCGGAGGCACCGCAGCCCUGAGCCAGCAGACGGUGACGUCCCGAUGCGGAGGGAGGAUGGGGAGGUCCCCGGGGGGCUGCCAGACCCCACCACCCUGCUCCCGGGGAUUCCUCAGCGAGGCGGGAGGCGGAGGGGAGGCAUCUCAGCAAAGCUGCUGUCAGCCCGACCCCCCUCUGGCCCCCCGGGCCCGAAGGGACCCCACACCUGCGCCAAGUGUGGGAAGAGCUUCCGCAAGAGCCAGGACCAGAAGAAGCUCCAGCAGACGCACGUGGCAGCGCAGCCCUUCUGCUGCCGGCAGUGCACCCGCCAGUUUCAGCUGAAGCAGAACCUGGUGUCCCACCAGAAGGGGCACGGUGGGGAGAAGCCCUUCAGCUGCGCCGAAUGCGGGAAGCGCUUCAUUCAGAAGCGUCACCUGCUGAGCCACCAAGGCAUUCACACCGGCGAGAAGCCCUUCGCCUGCAGCCACUGCGGCCGCCGCUUCAGGCAGAAGCACCACCUGAUCCGCCACCAGAGCAUCCACACUGGCGAGCGCCCCUUCGCCUGCACCCACUGCCCCAAGGCCUUCAGGGAAAAGUCAUCACUCAUCAGUCACCAGCGGAUCCACACCGGGGAGCGCCCCUACAAAUGCGCCCACUGUCCCAUGGCCUUCAAGGACAAGACAAACCUCACUGUCCACCAGCUGGUCCACACCGGGGAGCGCCCCUUCACCUGCGAACACUGCCCCAAGGCCUUCAAGGACAAGCAGUCCCUAAAAGAUCACCAGCACGUCCACACCGGGGAGCGCCCCUUUGCCUGCAACCACUGUCCCAAGACCUUUGGGUACAAGAAGGCCCUCACCAUCCACCAGCAGGUCCAUAACGCGGAGCGCCGCUUUGCUUGCACCCAGUGCCCCAAGGUCUUCAGAAAAAAGAAGACCCUCAGUGACCACCAGUGGGUCCACAGUGGGGAGCGCCCCUUCGCCUGCCCCCACUGCCCCAAGGCCUUCAGGUGCAAGAUGUCACUCACCGACCACCAGCGCAUCCACACCGGGGAGCGCCCCUUCGCCUGCACCCGCUGCACCCAGACCUUCAGGUGCAGGUUGUCGCUUAACAUCCACCAGCGGGUCCACACCGGGGAGCGCCCCUUUGCCUGCGCCCACUGCUCCAAGACCUUCAAGCACAGGAAGGCCUUCACCAUCCACCAGCGGGUCCAUACUGGGGAGCGCCCCUUCACCUGCACCUACUGCCCCAUGACCUUCAGAGACAAGCAGACCCUCACCAUCCACCAGCGGCUCCACACCGGCGAGAAGCCCUACAAGUGCGGCGAGUGCGGCAAGACCUACAUCCGUAAGGAAGGCCUGAAAUGCCACCGUCGGGUGCACCAGGGCCCGCCGGCCGUGCCGGAGGGUGGACGUUGCGAGGAGGGCAGUUCGUCCCUGGCAGAAGGGGUGAGUGGAGACCAAGACCUUCCCGUUCAGCAGCUGUGAGAAGCAGUUUUGGGAUGAGGGGAUCAUGCUGGCUCGCCUGUGCCCCCCCAGCACCCCCAGCCUGCGGCCACCUCUGCAGCCCGACACCCCUGAAACUGCCACCGGUCUGCGUGGAAGCUGUGGGUCCGGGGUAAAAGCUGCAGGACCCCUCGUCCCUCCCUGACUGGUGCCCUGCAUCCCCCAGGAGAUGGAACCAGGGCCAGGCGUGUCCUGGGCACGGCCACCCUCUCCCGGCAGCGCAGGCAGGGAGCGGGGCUCUGCUGGCUGCCAGGGCAGCGGGGACUUCAAGUGAGGCAGGGUGUCAUGACCCACAGACCGCUCAGAAGAGGGGCGAGGGAGAAGUGACUCGGGUUUGCAAAUUCCCAGCAGCGAGGACUGAGGUGAGAUGACUCUCAAGGUCCAUAUACAAACAUUUAUUAGAUUCCUACAGUGAUUAAUAUACAUCUUAAUUAAGUCCAUGAUAAUUCAUAGAAUGAUAGGAUCAUAGAAUCUCCAUGGUUGGAAAGGACCGUUGAGAUCAUCGAGUCCAACCAAACCCCUACAAUCUCUGCCACUAGAGCACGCCCUGAAGUACCAAAUCCAGACGUUUCUUCAACGCCUCUAGGGAUGGUGACCCAACCCCCUCCCCGGGCAGGCUGUCCCAGUGCCUGACCACUCUUGCAGUAAAGUCAUUCUUCCUAAUAGCUGAUCUGAACCUCCCCUGCCGCAGCUUCAGCCCAUUUCCUCUGGUCCUGUCAUUAUUCCCCUGGGAGAAGAGGCCACCAACCCCCACCUCUCUGCACCCUCCUUUCAGGGAGUUGUAGAGGGCAAUGAGGUCUCCCCUCAGCCUCCUCUUCUCCAAGCUAAACAUGCCCAGCUCCCUCAGCCUCUCCUCACAUGCCCUGGUCUCCAGAGCCCUCCCCAGCCUGGUCACUCUCCUCUGGACACGCUCCAGCACCUCAACGUCCCUCUUGUACAGAGGGGCCCAGAACUGAACACAGCGCUCGAGGUGAGGCCUCACCAGUGCCCAGUACAGGGGCACCAUCCCUUCCCUGCUCCUGCUGGCCACGCUGUUCCUGAUACAAGCCAGAAUGCUGUUGGCCUUCUUGGCCACCUGGGCACACUGCUGGCUCAUGUCAAGCUGGCCGUCCACCAGCACCCCCAGGUCCUUUUCUGCCGGGCAGCUUUCCAGCCACUCUGCCCCAAGCCCGUAGCGUUGCUUGGGGUUGUUGUGACCGAAAUGCAGAUCACCGGUCCUGGUUCCAGCGCUGCUCCAGCCAAACGCAGGGGUGAGGAGGGGUGUCUUGUAGGAGCGCCCUUCUGUGUAUUCCCUCUUUGUGAAUCCCCCGUUGCACCAGCCUUCCUCCCCUUUAUGUCCCACUGCCAAAGGGCAGUUCUCCUCUCAGGUGCCUCCCUUCCCUGGGGCGACGUGCGGCAUGACUUGGGCGGAGAGACGAGUGCCGCAGUCACACGCGUUUAGCAUGACCUCUGUAACCUUCAUUAGCGGAUGCAGGGUGUGCGCGUCCACAGGCGCGUCGCGGAUAACGAGGCAGAGGUGCCGCGUGGGACACGAUGGCCUCGAGAGCAGAGACCUGACAAGCUUACCACACGAGUGGCAGAGCUGCCUUGUCUGCACAAGGCAAUCCUCCCGCGGCUCCCCAGGCGCCGGAGUGAGCAAAGCCUGAGCCUUAUCGGUUCUUUGAACACCAGGCCGGCGUUCCUGAUUUACCGGGAGUGUUUGAGACGUUCCGUUCCUGGAGGAGGCUGGAGAGGGGGGAGACGUCUCCCGCUUCUUUGUUUCAGGGCUCUUACAGAGGGCCGGCCCCUGGCCCGGGAGAUGCGCCUGGCCCCGCUCCUCAGCGCUGGAGCACGGCGAGGCCGAGCCGCAGCCGAUACGGGCUGGCACACGGGAGAGCGGCCGUACAGCAGGAGCAGCCGCCGGCAGGGCUGCAGAGCCCGGGGAGGGUAACAGUGAGGGCGAAACUGGUGGGUUGGGAUGAAUAUACCUUAAUAAUGAAAAAGAAAUAAUAAUAGAAAACUAAAGUGUAAGGAAACAAGAAAGAAAGUGUCCCUUCCAGCUCCUUGUGCCCCCCAGGCUGCUCGCUGGGUGGGCAGUACCUGAGGGAAGAGCAGAACCAUAGAAUCCUUUUGGUUGGAAGAGACCUUCAGAUCAUGGAGUCCAACCGUUAGCCCAGCCCUGCCGAGCCCACCACUACCCCACGUCCCUCAGCACCGUGUCUACACCUCUUUUAAAUCCCCCCAGGGAUGGCGACUCCACCACCGCCCUGGGCGGCCUCUUCCAACGCUUGCCAGCCCUUUCCGGGAAGAACUUUGUCCUUAUAUCCAUCCUAAACCUCCCCUGGCACAACUUGAGGCCGUGCCCCCUCCUCCUAUUGAUAUACUUUAAGAAGGUAGAAUGUGCUUUUAGAAAGGGAAGAUACGUUUUAGAAGGUAGAAUCUCUCACUAAGUAAGAACAAAGUGCUGUAAAAAGGUCCCAAGGCCCCGUGCAACCGGACACUUGGUAUAAACAUUGCGUGCCGUGUUAAUGAAUAUACCCUUGAAGAAGAACAGGAGGCCGAUACGGGAACAUUCCUCCACGGGAGGCACCGAAACCGGUCGAAAACUAGACAGCUGUUGGAUAAAGCAUAAAGUCAACAAAAAUUCGCAGUAAUUGGGGGAAAUGUAAAGUCGUCGGUGGGAGAUCGUGACCGUCGACUCAGUGGGAGACUGACCUGGACUACUCCCCCUCCCCCAGCACGUGUGGAGCUUGCACGCAUCGAUUGAAGGACCUUGUAACUUUAAAUGAAAGCGAGAGACUGUACUAACCAUUAGAAACCGUUAAGCUGAGGUACUAACCAAUAAUUAAGGGUGGGUAUUGCUGUGUUUUGAACCAUAUAAAUAUUCCUAAGAGUUCGUAGGCUGAUGUGCUGGCUUUGUGGGGUACCACCUAGCGCCCGCCUCUGCGGAAAUGAUUUAAAUAAAUAACGCCUCUGCCCUCUGUGCGUGUUGGCGUCUGCGCACCCGGUGAACGACCCCGCUUUGGGGCAAAACUGUUGCCUGUAACUUGGGAGAAGAGACUGGCGCCCACCUCGCUACAACCUCACAGAGCCGUAGAAUGCCAGGUUGGAAGGGGCCUCAAGGAUCAUCCGGUCCAAACUUUCUUGGAAAAGCCCAGUCCAAACAAGACGGCCCAGCAGCGUGUCCGGCUGCAUCUUAAAAGCGUCCAACGCUGAUGGGGAAUCCACCGCUUUCCUGGGGAGCUUAUUCCUAAGGCUGAUUGGUGUCACGGUGACAAGUUUUCCUCUUGUGUCCAAUUGGAAUCUGCCCUGGACUAACUCGUACCCAUCACCCCUCGUCUUUUCCAUGCCACUCCUUGUAAAAAGGGAGCCACCGUCUUCUUUUAGCUUCCCUUUAAACACUGGGAGGUGGUGAUGAGGUCUCCCCUAAGCCGUCUUUUCUCAAGGCUGAGCAAACCCAGUUCUCUCAGCCUGUCCUCACCUGGCCGCCUUCCCAGUCCCUUCAGCGUCUUGAUGGCCGUCGUCUCUGGACCCUCUCCAGCUUGUCCGCGUCUUUUUUGUACAGCGGGGACCAAAACUGAACACAGUGUUCCAGGUGUGGCCUGACCACUGUGGCCAGUGACAUCUCCCUGGCAGCGUGAUACGGUUUUGUAUGUAUUGUCUCUUUUUCAUUAUUUUCUUAUUAAUAUG